CUCUCUAAGUCGCCUUCUCCCACUUGGAGCGGGCCCUGCGAGCUGGCCACCCCGCGCCCUCCUAAGUAUUCGCCGCCGCAGCCGGGGGACGCGCCAGCCUCCCGGAGAGCCACUUGCUCUGCGUCCCGGCAGCUGAAGGGAGAGGAGCUCGCGCUUCGCGUCCCCGAGCCGCCGCGGCUGCUCGCCUUUCCCGGCCAAUCGCCUCCUGCCCCGGGCCCGCGCAUGAAUCUCCUGGACCCCUUUAUGAAGAUGACCGACGAGCAGGAGAAGGGCCUGUCUGGCGCACCCAGCCCCACCAUGUCCGAGGACUCGGCGGGCUCGCCCUGCCCCUCGGGCUCCGGCUCGGACACGGAGAAUACGCGGCCCCAGGAGAACACGUUCCCCAAGGGCGAGCCCGAUCUGAAAAAGGAGAGCGAGGAAGACAAGUUCCCCGUGUGCAUCCGCGAGGCAGUCAGCCAGGUGCUCAAGGGGUACGACUGGACACUGGUGCCCAUGCCGGUGCGCGUCAACGGCUCCAGCAAGAACAAGCCGCACGUCAAGCGGCCGAUGAACGCCUUCAUGGUGUGGGCACAGGCGGCGCGCAGGAAGCUGGCCGACCAGUACCCGCACCUGCACAACGCCGAGCUCAGCAAGACCCUGGGCAAACUCUGGAGGCUGCUGAACGAGAGCGAGAAGAGGCCCUUCGUGGAGGAGGCGGAGCGGCUGCGGGUGCAGCACAAGAAGGACCACCCUGACUACAAGUACCAGCCGCGGCGCAGGAAGUCGGUGAAGAACGGGCAGGCGGAGGCCGAGGAGGUCACCGAGCAGACACAUAUCUCUCCCAACGCUAUCUUCAAGGCUCUGCAGGCCGACUCCCCACACUCCUCUUCUGGCAUGAGCGAGGUGCACUCGCCUGGAGAGCACUCUGGGCAAUCCCAGGGUCCACCGACCCCACCCACCACCCCCAAAACCGAUGUGCAGCCUGGUAAGGCUGACCUGAAGAGAGAGGGGCGCGCCCUGCCCGAGGGGGGCAGACAGCCUCCCAUCGACUUCCGUGAUGUGGAUAUUGGCGAGCUCAGCAGCGACGUCAUCUCCAAUAUUGAGACCUUCGACGUCAAUGAAUUUGACCAGUACUUGCCACCCAACGGUCACCCUGGGGUGCCGGCCACCCACGGCCAGGUCUCCUACACUGGGAGCUAUGGCAUCAGCAGCACCACAGCCACCCCAGGGGGUGCGGGUCACGUGUGGAUGUCCAAGCAGCAGGCUCCGCCCCCACCCCCGCAGCAGCCCCCACAGGCCCCCCAGGGCCCACAGGCGCCCCCUCAGCAGCCCGCUGCACCCCCUCAGCAGCCCGCUGCACCCCCACAGCAGCCGCAGCAACAGCCAGCGCACACGCUGACCACGCUGAGCAGCGAGCCUGGCCAGUCACAGCGAACGCACAUCAAGACAGAGCAGCUCAGUCCCAGCCACUACAGUGAGCAACAGCAACACUCUCCGCAGCAGAUCGCCUACAGCCCCUUCAGCCUUCCGCAUUACAGCUCCUCAUACCCGCCCAUCACCCGCUCACAGUACGACUACACAGACCACCAGAACUCCGCUUCCUACUACAGCCACGCAGCCGGCCAGGGGUCCAGCCUCUACUCCACCUUCACCUACAUGAACCCGGCCCAGCGGCCCAUGUACACCCCUAUCGCCGACACCUCCGGGGUGCCCUCCAUCCCGCAGACCCACAGCCCCCAACACUGGGAACAGCCCGUGUACACACAGCUCACCAGGCCCUGAGGAGACAAAGGGUAUGGUUCCCAAUGAUAGAGAAAUAACCGAAGCAAAAAAGAACCCACCAGAAUCUCUUUGGGACAUUUUGUUCUCCUGUU